GUUCUGCGUUCACCGUUCCACUUCUACAUGUAACAACCGACGACCUUAGGGCCCUAUUACAUGAGCGCCGCCGAAUAUACCUCAGGGUUUGCGAACUAGCCGACCAUCCUUCUUUACUGGGUUUCUGUAUGAGGCAACGAAGGAUGGCGAUGUUGCCCGACCAGUAUGCAUCCCACAUACAGGCAUUCCCAGAAGACGCGGAGUUAAUCAACAAAGAAAUACCACACCUCUUGGCAAUGCAAAUGCUCUUCGGCGGGGGUGUGCUGCCUGGUUCGCGUCGAAGACGACGAAGAUCAGCGAACCCAAGGGGUACAAGAGCUGAUGAAAAUUUGAUGCCACUAAUGCCUCGGUGUUCCACCAGCCACACAGGAGAAGGUUCAACUCUUACUACAAGAGCACAUCCUACUACCGCGAUACCUGAAGACGACGACGACGACGACGACGAUUUCAUGCCACCAAUGCCUCGGCGUUCCAUCAGCCACAUAGGAGAAGGUUUAACGAACAAUACAAGAGCACGUGCUCGAACCGUGAUACCUCCGGACGACGACGAUGACGACGAUUUCAUACCAUCAAUGCCUCGACGUUCCACCAGCCACAGCCACACGGUUCAAGGUUCAACGAACCAUACAAGACCACGUGCUCCAAUCGUGAUACCUCCAGACGAUGACGACGACGAUUUCAUGCCACCAAUGCCUCGGCGUUCCACCAGCCACACAGGAGAAGAUUCAACGCACAAUACAAGAGCACAUUAG